CCCAACCUGCUCGGCUCUUUGCACCGACAUUCCAGCACGAAUCUGUCUUUAAUUACACACCUAUUACCGAGAUCUCGGAUUUUAAUUGUCAGCUCCACUGCUUCAUUGUCAGACUCACUGCUCGCAAGCUAGCCGAACAUUUUCGCUUGGCAGUGCAGCCGACGCGACUUGUUUUAAGGCUGCUUCAACUUUUUUUUAAGAUCGAGCUCCGGGACGAAGCGACUUCCUCUAACUCUGUGAGACUUCUUUGAAAAAAAUUAGGAUAAACUCACUGCCAUAGCUACAAACUGCAAAAACAUCACUUCAUAGACACUCGGGGCGUUGUUGGAAUACGUCAGUCUGUCCGCCAUUGUGGAUGUGGCACAUUUUACCGGUGCGUCUCAAUUUUUUUUUUUAAUCCCCCCUAGGAAGAAAAAUUUUAAGUCUUCCUGUGUGCAGUUUUGCAUCUCCUCUCCGUGGCUGGGUCGGUACACUGGUUUCUUGUCACAUUCCAAAAACAUGCACGGGACAUGCGGUGCUGGAGCCCAUCCCAGUUGACUUCAGGCGAACGGCAGACUACAUCCUGAACUGGUUGCCAGGUGUACCGCAGGGCACAUAUGGAAACAAGUAACCAUUCAGACUGACAUUGACAACGUCACUGAGUGGGAAAUGAAACCAUGCUGCCUGCGGUUGAAGUCCGGCGAAAGUACCACUACAGCUUAAGUGACAUAGACUACAAAAAUGCUGCCAUUUCAUAAUAAUUGUAACUUCAAAUGACAAAUAUUUGUGGAACCAGCAGCAGUAUAAUGAGCAAUGAAAUACCUGCUUUGGAAUGUCAAAAUAUAGAAAUUUAAGUUCAGGGUGUACGCUGCUUCUCACCAAAAGACAACUAUAAUAGGUUCCAGCAUGCCCAUGACCCUACGAAGGAUAAGCGGAUCAGAGGAUGAAUAAAUGGAUGAAAAAAAACAAAAAUUAACAGCUGUGAUUGGAAUUUGCCUUACUGCAAGGUUUAAGGAUCCUAUUUUAUUUUAUUUUUUUGCAAGCUCUUAUUUUAGUCCCAAGAAGCCAAGCGGGGAGUUCUCUGCCUACCUCAAGGAACUUUGAUGAUGUCAUGACUUUAGGUCGCUGUCAGCGACGUGUCACCUUUGCAAUAAAGCUUAUGACUUCAUCUCUAUUAUCACAAGCCGGUAAUGUUAUUUUGAUGUACUAAUUUUAGCCACAUCUCAAAACUACCCGUUGUAUCCCGUCAACAGUCGCCUUCUGUGUCAUAGUAUGUCAUAAAGCUGAAAAUUGCUAUUCUGCAUACACUGUUAUUUAUUUUUCUUAUCUUGACAACUCAACAAAACAUGAUACGCAAAAAGUCAAAAGAAACUUGUAUUUUGAGUAAAUUAAGCCAACAUGUUAAAUCAUGGCAUUUUGAUAACCUGCUAAGGAUCCAGCCAGCCAUUUUCCAUACCGCUUAUCAGUUGGGAUGUUUUCCAUUUUACCUGCAAAGACACCAGUUAGGAGCCACCCAAAGCAUGAGAGGAUCGUCCCAAAUCUCCACUUUGUAAAUAAGGAUUGAAGGAUGUCCUGGAUAAACGGGCAACUGUUAAGCAAUGACUAUUACAGAGAACAUGUUAAAGAUCUGGAAAAUAAAAAGACCAUGUUGCUUGAGCAAAGAAGGCUCGUCAACGAAGAGUUGGCUCAUCUGGACUCUGAGAAUAUCAAGGCGGAAACCGAAAAAAAAGACAUGCUGGCCCAAGCGCGGGGUCGUCUUCAAUAUUUGAGUUUCAUGAGGGAGACAGCAAAAGAAGACUUGGGGUUUGUUAAUCUUCAACAAAAAGAAGAAAUUCUCAGUGAGCAGAGUAAGAUCUUCAAUUUUAACAUGGUACAGUAUGGACCUCGCACGGAGAACCUGGAAUCGGGGAAAGCUAAAUUUGAGAUGACUCUGCUUGAAUGUCGGUGUAUGGAGAUGGAAACACGCGAUGAAAACAUGAGGACACAUAUUGCUCAACUUGAGGAAGAAAAUAAAGGCUUACGAAUGCAAGUUGGAGAUAAGGUGACACUUACCGGGACGAAUAACCUUGCCACUCAGGAGUGGGCACAUUUUGGAUGUCAAAAUUUCAAUUUGGACACAAACAAGCAAGACCUAACGGGACAAAUGAGAGCUAUUACCGAUCAGGAUGAACACAUUAAGGUCCUCAAAGAUCAGAUUGCAAACCAAAAAACACAAGCUAAAAAUCCUGCGGAAAGUGAGGACACGCUGAUUCGACAGAAUGCUUCCUUUAAAAAUGCUUUGGCUGAGCUUCAAUUACAGAGUAUGAAAAUGAAAACGCUGGAGAUGGAGAACAGUGACUUGAGGUCGCAACUUCAAUGGCAUCAAGAGAGAAAGAAAACUCCGAUUCAGUCCAGCGGGUUGGUGACGGAAAGCUUGCAAGGGGAUGACGGAACUAACAGUGGAACGAAGGAAGGUGAGAAAGAAGCCCUAAGGGCACAGGUGAAAGCACUCCAGGAAAACAAGAACUGUCUCAACGAUGAGAUUAGAUCCGUGAAAGACGGGUUAGCUCGAGCUCAAUCUCAGAGUGCAAACAUGGAAACGCAGAAUUGUGAAUUGAAGGGACAAGUUAAAGCCCUUAAAGAAAGCACCAGUCAACUACAGGAUAAAGUGAAGUCCCUAAAUGAUCAGGUGGCUCUGCUUCAGUCUCAGAGAGCAAAGAUGGAGACGCAGACUGGCGACUUGAGGGCACAAGUGAAAGGAUUUCAGGAAAACGAGGACAUUUUGAUCAAGCAGAACGAAGCGCUCAAAGAUGAGGUGUCUCAGCUCGAAAGCUGCAACGUGAGGACAGAUAAACAAAACGAAAACCUGCGGACCCGAGUCAAGACUCUGAAGGAAAAUGAGAACAGCCUCAGUGAGAAGAUAGAGACGCUCAUGGCCGACGUGUCCCACUUUAAAUUUCAAAGGGAAAACGAUCAGACUGAGAUUCACCGUCUGAGAAGAGAACUGCAAACGCUCAGGAGUCAAUUACAAGAUCAAGAGGAACUAUUAAGGAGGAUCGAUGAUGCCGAAUCUCUCAUGGAGAAGGAGUGGGCGGAGAAGGAAAAGCUGAGCGUCAAGCUCGGUGAGCUCUGGGACGAGAGUAACUUUGUCAAAAAGCAAAAUGACGCUGUUCGGGUUGAGUUGGAAAAGAGCAAAUGUGUUCAGGAACACCAGUGUGAGCAAAUUGCUCAGCUGAAGGCGACGUUACAGGAGCAUAAACUCCAACUGGAGGAGGCUCAAUUUUUACUCUACAGUAAAGAUGACGAGUUAGCAAAGCAAAACAGGAAAAUUGUUUAUCUCAAUGAAGUCACAGAGGAGCUCAACUCCCACGUGAGCAGUUUUAAACAACAAAUGCAUUUUCUUAAAGGCCAGCUGGAACUCAGGCAGAUGGACGAAAUAUUAACUCAUAAUAUUUACGGAAGCCUCGCCGAGAUAGCACCUGAGCACGGGCCAGUCAGUGAAAACCAAUCGGGUUUGAAGACUGAGAUAAAGGACGCGGGCAUGCAAAUAAAGGACAAUUGCUUGACUGAGCCGAAAAGGUUUUUAACGCACACCUUGGCUUUGCGUGACUCUCCAAGUCUGAAGAUGGAAACAGAAAAUGAAGAACUGAGGACGCAAAUAAAAGCUCUUGAAGAAAACGAAUUCGAACUGACUGAGCUGAUCAGGCACCUCAAUGAAAAGCUGGCUCAUCUCGAAUCCUGGGGCGCAAAUGGAGAUGUGGGGGCGCAAGACCAAGCGCUUUGCCAAAACCAGGACGGGCUCGCCGAGCAGAACAACCUGCUCAAUGAAAGGCUGGCUGAUCUCGAAACAGAGAACGGAGAUUUAAGAGUGCAAGUUGAAGAUCUCAAAGAAAACGAGAAACUAAUCAAACAGAGGACGGAGACCCUCAUGGGUGAGCUGGACCAGUACAAAACCGAGCGUAGCCGUCUGAGGUCAGAAGCUCAGACGCUCAGGUCGCAACUGCACGAUCAAAGUGAUCUACGGGGAAGGAUGGAUCACGCCGAAUCUCAAAUGGAGAAGGACGUGGCCGAGAAGGAAAAGUUGAGUAGCAAAUUGCGGGAGCUUGAAGAAAAGGACAACUGUUUAAAAAAGCAGCACGACAUUGUUCGCGCCGAGAUGGAAGCACAUAAAUCCGUUCGAGAUCAACAACACCAACAGAUUGCCCAGUUGAAGGCGGCGUUAAAAGAAAACAAACUGCAGGUCGAGGAGGCCAGAUUCCUCCUCGAUAGUAAACACGAUGAGUUGAAAAAGCUAAAUGAAGUCACGGACGAGAUGAAGGCUCUCAUUUUGAAUUUGAAGCAAAAAAAUUGCCAUCUUCAAGGGCUGCUUGAACUCAUUCAAACUGCAAAUCAGGAGGACCCUGCGAACAAAUCAGAUGCGGUGGAGCCUGUCGCGGUGCACCUGAAGUCCACGUCGAGCAGACUUUUUGCUAUUUGCUGUUGGCCUUUUAAAGCACUUUUAAAAGUUUUUAACAUAUGUUCCUUUCGAGGACUUGUCGUCGCGGUUGUGUUCUUUUGUCUAGGUCUGUUGUUUUCAACCGUACUUUCCAUUGAUGAUGACUCUUCAAACAUAUUUGAUGUGUUAUUAUACAAAUGCUAGGUCUUUGUAUGACAACAAUUCCUUGUCUUCGGAAAGUGCUGCUUGGGUCAUAUGUGACUUGUUUCACUUUAAAGGGCACUGGGUUUUAGGUUCAUGUGAUGACAAUACUGUUGAGCUUGUUUACUAACUAGUGUCUUGUCAAUGCAUUUUUUUUUUGUAUAUAACCUGACAAGAAUGUCUAGACUUUUAUGGAGAGCCAUUUUUUAUUAAUCUGUCUUAAAAUUGUUAGUAGAAACCAAAAUGUUUUGAACAAGCCGCUUGCUUUGUAUUAAACAAUUAUUUUGUAAUCAGCCCAUGUUUUUCCUCAAACGUUUUUUAUACGAUUGAAUAGUGACGUUGGUAUGUUUUUCAGGCUCAAAUAAGUUAAGUGAUUGGCCCGG